AUGGAGAUUAAGGGGAAGAAGAAGGCACUUUGUGACAUGUUUGAGGUUACUGUGUUUCACAACGAACACACAUGUAACUUGGAUUCUAGACAUUCUGAUCACCGGCAAGCAGCACCGUGGGUCAUUGGUCACAUUAUUAAGAACAAGUACACAUCAGAUGGAUCUAACUACAAGGCAAAAGACAUACAGAGGGAUAUGUUUGAUGAAUAUGGCAUCAAGAUGAGUUAUGAGAAAGCUUGGAGAUGUAGAGAGAGACAGUUAUGUACAAGAGGGAAUAAUCCAGACACUAUUACUGACAUUGUCAGCGAGGAUAACCGGUUCAAGUACUGUUUCUGGUCACUCGAUGCUUGUAGGAAGGGAUUUAAGUAUUGUCGUCCUGUGAUUAGUAUCGACGGAACAUUCUUGAAGACGAAUGAGAAUCAUGACUCUUGGAAGUAUUUCUUGCGAAAGUUGAAGGAAGCCAUUGGUCCGGUUGAAAAUCUUAUGUUCAUAUCGGAUAGGCAUCAAAGCAUUGAACAUGCUGUUGAUGUUGUUUUCCCAGAAGCAUGCCACUGUGCAUGCUUCAAGCAUAUUACUAUGAAUGUCAAUCACAAGUUUAAGACUGAUGUAUGCAACAAGCAAAUAUGGCUUGCAGCUUACGCAUGGAACAAGACGGAAUGUGAUAGGCAUUUUGAGGUGCUGAAACAGAUGGACCCUGCCAUUGCUACAUACGUCGAGCAAAUAGGGUUUGAAAAGUGGGCUCGUCCUUAUUGUCCAGGCGAUCAGUACAACAUAAUGACAAGCAACGGCUAUGAAAGCUUCAACAAGGUGACGAAGAAUUCGAGAAAAUAUCCAGUAACUAUUUUGGUUGACUUCAUCAGGUUCACACUUCAAAAUUGGUUUGCUUCUCGUCUCGAAAAGGCUAGUAAGUGCGCUACUCCUUUGGCUACUACUUUUGAAAAUGAUUUAAAGGAUCAACACAAAGAUGGUAUGUUCAGGAGUGUCCUUCGUAAUGGUGCCCAAUUGUUCAACGUUGGUACGAGUCCUCAAGGUGAGAGAGGUGGUGAUGUGAACUUAGUGGAGAGAACAUGCACUUGCGGACUUUUCCAAAUGCUGAAAAUCCCUUGUCCACAUGCAUGUGCCGCAGUUAGUCAGAAUGUGAGCGUGUACACACUUUGCUCUCCAUAUUACACUAAAGAAACGUGGAAGAAAACCUACGAUGCCACAAUUAAUAUUGUUGGCGAGGAGGAUGAGUGGGUACUACCGGAACAUAUCAAGAACAUAAGAAUCGGGGUACCAGUGGAGAAAAAACCAGUAGGUCGGCCUAGGAAGAGCAAUGCAGGUAGAAGACCGACGAAGCGUCGACCGUCUAGUGGUCAGGUGGUAGUGGAACCUCGUCAUUGUUCGCUAUGUCACGGUUCAGGGCACAACAGAGCUACAUGCAAAGCUCGAGUUUGA